UUGUAUAACUUUGCAAACAACAUAAUAAGCAUAUUUUCCGAUGUUGUAAUAUUCAAAGCUUGGGUUAUGUUAUAUGGGUUCUCAAUUCUUCAUUUUCCUUCUCCUUCUUGCUGUCCAAGGAAAAAUGGACAGAGAAACAAGCUUCGAUCAAAACUAUGAGGUUAUUUGGGGUGAUGAUCAUGUUGUCUUCUUAAACCAAGGGAAAGAAAUUCAGCUCACAAUGGAUAACUCUUCAGGAUCUGGAUUUGGAUCAAAGAUGGCAUAUGGAUCUGGAUUGUUUAAUAUGAGGAUCAAAGUACCAAACAGAAAUUCUGCUGGAGUUGUCACAGCUUAUUACUUAAGUUCAGAAGGAAGUAAGCAUGAUGAGUUGGAUUUUGAAUUCUUGGGCAACAGAGAAGGGAAGCCUUAUAGAUUACAAACCAAUGUAUUUGUAGAUGGCCAAGGGAAUAGAGAGCAAAGAAUUCGUCUUUGGUUUGACCCUACUGCAGAUUUUCACAAUUAUAGAAUUCUUUGGAACCAACAUCAAAUUGUAUUUUACGUGGAUAACGUGCCCAUUAGGGUAUUCAAGAACAAGACUAAUAUUGGGGUGGGAUACCCAUCAAAGGCAAUGCAGAUACAAGCAACUUUGUGGGAUGCAGAAAGCUGGGCAACAAAUGGAGGCAAAACUAAAACUGAUUGGCUUUAUGCACCAUUCAAAGCAAAUUUCCAAGGUUUUGAUGUCAGUGGCUGUCAAGUUUUAACCUCAAAUGCCAAAAAUUGUUCUUCUGAUAACUUCUGGUGGAAUAGGCAGAAGUUUUGGCACUUGGAUCCUGUAAAUCAAGGCAUAUGUUAAUGCCUCCUUGAUCUUGUGGCCCUGGCAAUAGCAUGACCAAACCAGGCUUAACUUGUAGUGGAGUAGCACACUUGAGUCUACCCCAUGCAAAAAGCUGUUCCUCUAACCCCAAUCUCCACCAUGCCACCAAGGAGAAACUAUCUUCCAUACAAGCUCCUUCAGCUCCCUCACAGUUGCUCUUGCAAAACCAGGGACCAAUGCAUUCCCUGCAAACCCAUCUGGGAGUUCAGGAACAACCCUUUUCCUCACAUCCACUGGAAACAGCAUUGUGGACACUUUUUCCUCCGACAUCCUUGUUGCAAUGCUUCUUGCCUUCCAUAUUUUGGCAGCAACAACCUGAAAAGUGGUUGUGUUCUUUAAGGGACUGCAUGACAUUGGUACCACUUUUGCCUCGGAGAGUAAACAAGUUGUGUGUCACAGUAGAUUUUGAGUACUCAAAAUGUGGAUGGCUUACAAUUGGAGGAUUUCUUGCUCUCAGCAGUGUUCUAUCUGCAUUAGGUACUGUGAUGAGAUCCUCACCACGUGUUAAUGCCCCUAAGUUUACCUCAAAAUCUCUUAUUGCAAAACCGUCCAAAGUGCAGUGAUUGUAGUGAGAAGCAAGUGCCAAACUUCCACAACCAAACUGAGUCAGCUGUCAUAAACAACAAAUAAUGUGCAGAAAUCACACCAAAUUCACUCAAUUUUCUGUCAGUUCUUGCAGCUGCAACCACAAUGCCAGCACCAUUGCAGUCAAUUUCAAAUCUUUGGAGGGUCAAAAAAGGAGGCAGAAUCUUGGUAAACAACAAGGGACAGAUCAAUAUUUGACAAGAACAUUCUCUUGCGUGGUGUAGGUUGCUCAGGAACAACUACAAUUUUCUCUACCAGUUCAAUCUUACCCAUUCCACAAAAUAUCACUGAUCAACUACCUUGUAUAUUCAACACCAACCAAGAUUUUUAGUCACUAAUACACAGUUUUUUGUUUAUUGGUUAGUAAAUUGAAAUUUGGCAAAAUAUAUAUAGGAUGAUUUUGACAAUGGCAGGAAAAUUCAGUUUUCUAAUAUUAAUUACUUUUAACAUACACAGAUUCUUCUGUGUUGUUACGUAAAUGGAGUUAUGUAUAAUAUCUAUACACAGAUGUGUUUUGAUUAUUUGUUAAUACAUUUAUUGUGUAUGUACUGCACAUACAUUUAUCU